ACCGGGCCGGUCUCCUCCUCUCAUUCAGAACCUCUGCAGCACAGUUCAGCUUUUCUCCAUCUCCACCAUCAUGAGUCCAAAAAAUGUCAUUUUUAAGAAAACCUGCAAAGACAAGUCGGUGGGCGUUUUCAUGGGGAAGAGAGACUUCGUGGACCGGAUGGACUCUGUGGAUCCAGUGGAUGGCGUCGUCCUCAUCGACCCGGAGGCCCUGGCUGGGAGGAAAGUGUUCGUCACCCUGUCCUGCAUCUUCCGCUACGGCCGCGACGACAUGGACGUGAUCGGCAUCGCGUUCCGCCGGGAGCUGUACCUGUCCACCCGCCAGGUGUACCCGCCGCUGCAGGACCGGGAGAAGGGCGUCCACACCAAGGUCCAGGCCAAGCUGCUGCGCAAGCUGGGCAACAACGCAUACCCCUUCUUCUUCGAGUUUCCUGACAACCUGCCUUGCUCAGUGGCUCUCCAACCAGCACCCCAUGACGUUGGGAAGCAAUGUGCCGUGGAGUUUGAGAUUAAAGCCUUCAGCGCUGAGAGUCAGGAUGCGAAAGUUCGCAAACGGAGCACGGUGAAGCUGAUGAUCAGGAAGGUCCAGUACGCUCCAGACAUGCAGGGGGCGCCACCUUCCGUUGAAACCACCAAAGACUUCGUCAUGUCCGACAAACCGCUGCAUGUCAAAGUCUCUCUGGACAAACAGCUUUAUUACCACGGAGAGACGAUCCACGCUCACGUCAACAUCACCAACAACUCCAACAAAAACAUCAAGAACGUCGUCCUUUCAGUUGACCAGGUUGCCACGGUGGUGCUGUACUCCAACGACAGCUACGUCAAAUGUGUGGACAUCGAGGAUUCUGGGGACUCGGUGUCUGCCGGCGCGACACUGCAGAAGGUCUACAAGCUGCUGCCGCUGCUGGCCAACAACCGAGAGAGGAGAGGCAUCGCUCUGGACGGGAAGCUGAAGCACGAAGACACCAACCUGGCCUCGUCCAGCAUCGUGAAGGAAGGCGUCCUGAAGGAGGUUCUGGGAAUCAUGGUUUCAUACAAAGUCAUGGUGAAGCUCAUCAUCGGAGGGAUGAUGGGAUCCAGUGAGGUCGGCCUGGAGGUUCCCUUCACACUCAUGCAUCCCAAACCAGAAGCAGGUAGAACUUUCUCUGCUCCUGAUCUCUCCGGUCCAUCGGACCUCCUUCCGUCUUUCACCUCCUUUUCUCUCCACUUUGAUUUUCUUGCUGCCUGCAGUGAAGGAGAGGUAACUAUGACAGCAACUAAAGACACUUCCUGUUCUCAUUGAUCAGAUUCUUCCCUCUGCUGCACGGUUCCUUUUCCUCUUGGUUUUGUUCGUCAUCUCUUCUGAUCCGGUUGAACAGGAAGCUCCUGCCGCCAUGUUGGUGGCGACACCUGGGCGCCCAACGUGUUUGUUUUUGUUUUCUUUAAUGUCAGAUGAGAUGCAGGUUGAGUUCAUGGAAUAGUUUGCAGCUUUAACACAAACAUGAGAGAACAUUGACAGAUCAGUUAGGAAUCAUGUUGGGUUACGGUGGGAGUCUUGAGUUUUGUCCUGAGUCCGUUUCCGUCUCUGGGGGUUUUGCUCUGACUCUGAUGCUCCUGCUGUUCCCAGUGAGGCGGAGGAUGAGUUGGUGUUCCAGGAGUUCAAACGCUCCUACCUGAAGGGAAUCAUCGGCGCCGGCGAGGAUGACGAUGAGGAAGGCAACGUGUCGGGCGGAGACGAC